UGCAUGAGGUUAUGUUUACUUCUGUUUUUGUUUUUAAACUUUCAAAACUAAUUUUACAUAUUAUUUAAAAAAAUAAUAAGUAAAAGAAAAAAAAAGAGUUUUCUUGGUUAUCGAAUGGAAAUCGGACGACCCACAGUUUACAGAUAUUUCAUUGAAUGAAAGUUUCACACUCACACAUCUCUGGCGAAAUGUAUUAGAUAUAGAUAAGUGUCUUCAAAAUAACCCAGAGCGAAUCCAGGUUAAGAUUGGCAGAGUUUCUAGUAAAGUAUGAUCUACAGACAGCUUUUAUUAAGAAAAUGAUGAAUGAGACACCAGGAUCGAAGCAUAUAUUAUUUAAGCCCAUAAACUGCAAAUAUGUUCAAUAAAUCACUUUAAAUUAACUUUUUCUUGUGAAAAAUGUAUAUCAUAUGCCAAUUCACUAUGAGAAGGUUUUUAGCUGUUCCUGAUAUGACUUUAAGGUAACAAUUCAUUGGUGACUUGUAAACUGUAUAAAAAAACUAUUUCGAAAGUCUCAUAAAAUGUUCAACUUCUUGGAUCCAAAACUUUUACCAAAAAUAUCUUGUAAAAGUCCUAGUACUGAUCAUUAUGAAGUUGAAAAUCUUAUAAGUUCAAAUUAUGCCGAUAAAUCACGAGGAUUCAUUGCUUAUCCUUCCAUAAAACCCCCAGUAGAAAUAGAAAUUGAAUUUUUAUGUAACAUUAAUAUAUUUUACAUUGUUUUAAAUACCACUGUGGGAAAUUUACAAUGUUCAGGCAUCGAAAUAUAUGCCAAAACUCCUAAUACAACUUAUGUAUCAAUAUCUAAAGGCAUAUUCAACAAUAAAGGGGCUAUCUUUUGUAAUAGUCGCAAAUACUCUAAAGAGAAUCCACCUCCAGCAUACAAUUCCGAUUAUUUUUUAUGUUUCUUUAAGAGUAACAUGUUUAGAACAUUUUUGAAUGCCUCAUUCCUAAAAAUACUAAUUUUUAAAACUGAAAAAUCUACACCUUGUUUGUCCUCUGUUGAGGUUUGGGGGCAGCCAUCCAAAGCUUGUAGUUUCAAUACUGUUCAAACUGUUUACAAGCUCAUGGGACUGAAAAAUAAAACUAAUAAUCUUGAUACACCUAAAACAACUGCCAGUGAUGAUAAUUUUGUUGUUCCUGAUGAUUUUAAAGAUGAUUUAACUCAUGAAUUGAUGACUAUCCCAUACACUUUACCAAGUGGUCAUACAAUUGAUCAGUCUACACUGGAAAAGCACAAUAAAAAUGAAGAAUCUUUUGGACGAAAACCUGGCGAUCCUUUUACAGGCCUCAAAUUUAACAAUGUAUUGAAACCCAUACUUAACGUGUCUUUAAAAAGUCGAAUUGAUAUGUUCUUGUUACAAAAUAGCCACAGAUCUGAAACAUUUGGUUUGAAAAGAAGUCUGAGGUCUUGUGAUUUUAAGAGAAAAAAGUUGAAAGAAUGUGAUGAUGCUGAAAAUCCUUCAAGUUCUGGUGAAGGCUUGGAUUUGUUAAUACAAAGCGUAAAAGAUAAGAAAGAUUUUGUAUCUUUUGUUGAAAGUGAAAAUAGCACAGAAAGAACAUGCAUAUUAUGCGAGAAUAAAAUUGAAUAUGUUUAUCAGUUACCUUGUCUACAUUAUUAUUGCAGGAAAUGUUUACUUAAUAUUUGUAAAAGUUGUAUUUGUUCUAAAUGCAAUGGUGUGUUUACCAAAAACCAGGUGGUUAAAUGUGAAACUUAAUUUAUUUUUGUAAAUAUAUUAUAAUUAAUUUUAUACUUAGAUAUUAAAAAUUUGUAAAUACAUAUAUUUUAUUAGACAU